AUGACUUCUACUACAACAACAACCAAGCCUUUGGUUAAUUACGGCCUUUAUCUAGUCACAGACUCAACACCAGAAAUUCUUGGUGAAAGAGAUCUCGAACAAGUCGUCGAAGCUUCUCUAAGAGGUGGUGUCACGAUCCUGCAGUACAGAGACAAGCACAGCGAACGUAGUAUCGCUGUAGACACAGCCAAGAAGCUACACGCCAUUGCACGUCGCUACAAUGUUCCUCUUCUCAUCAAUGAUCGUGUCGAUGUUGCUGUCGAAGUAGGCUGUGAGGGUGUACACAUCGGCCAAGAUGAUAUGGCUUAUGAGGAAGCGAGGAAGCUUUUAGGUCCAGGUAAAAUCAUCGGAGUAACUGCAAGCUCAAAGGAGGAAGCCCUUAAAGCUUGCGAAGCUGGUGCUGACUAUCUCGGUAUCGGAACUGUCUAUUCAACUCAGACUAAGAAGGACACAAAAUCAAUCAUUGGUCCCUCGGGCGUCCGCGAUAUCCUCUCAGCUCUUUACAGCGCAGGCUACGGAUCUAUCCCUACAGUUUGCAUCGGUGGCAUCAACGCUAGCAACACCGCCCCUGUUCUCGCCUCAGCUGGUUCUCCUUCCAAAGCUCUUGAUGGUGUCGCCGUGGUGAGCGCCCUCAUCGCUGCCCCUGACCCAGCUGCUGCGGCCCGUGAUCUUCUCGGCAAAGUCAUCGUCGCAAAGAUCCCAGAGGUUAUUCGGGCCGUAGCUGACAAGACGCCUCUUACACACAACAUGACAAACUUGGUCGUUCAAAAUUUCGCCGCCAAUGUGGCCCUUUGCGUUGGAGCAAGCCCCAUCAUGGCAAACUACGCCGAAGAAGCCGCCGACUUAGCCAAACUCGGCGGCGCUCUUGUAGUGAAUAUGGGAACUGUCACCCCCGAUGGCCUCAAGAACUAUCUCCAAGCUAUCAAGGCCUACAACAAAGCUGACCGUCCUAUAGUUCUCGAUCCCGUUGGUGCCGGUGCAACAGCCGUUCGCCGCAACGCCGUCAAAACUCUUCUCGAUGCCGGCCACUUCACCAUCAUUAAAGGCAAUGAGGGUGAGAUUCAAACCGUUGCGGGUGCCACUAUCACCCAACGCGGGGUUGAUUCAACUUCAUCUCUUAGCUUCGCCCAGAAAGCGUCUCUCGUUCGCUCCAUUGCCGUACGCCGUCACAACGUCGUAAUCCUCACGGGUGCUGUUGACUUGAUCAGCGAUGGAAUCCGCACUGUGGCCAUCAGCAAUGGACAUCCUUAUCUUGGUGAAGUGACUGGCACUGGAUGCACUCUGGGUACAACCGUCAGCGCCAUGGUUGCUGCACAUGGCGCCGAUCCCCUUCUUGCCGCCGUAGCUGGAACAGUCAUGUUUGGUCUCGCUGCCGAGCUUGCCGCUAAGAGGGGUGAGGUUCGGGGACCAGGAACCUUCGUGCCGGCCUUCCUCGAUGAGUUGUACGCCAUCCGAAAGUCAACUGCUAACGGAGAUUUGAUGUGGCUUAGUAUGGCACAGGUCAAGGCUGUUGAGGUGAGCCUCGACGACGUUGGAAGCACCUAG